AGCUCGAGUUUAUUACCAAACAAGUUAGCAAUCGCUUCAUCUGGGACCAUCCAGCACUUAAUAUGGUUUCUCAAUGGAGGUGUUAACAACAUGAAUAGCAUUAGCAUGAAAGCCAAGCUUGACGACAUAGCCACACUCCACAAUCUCUCAACUUGUGACCAGAUUAUUCCAUCAAUUGCCUCUUCUGGUUUAUUAUCUUCCAUCCUUCAAUUGAUCCACAACUCGGAAAAGUCAUUGGAAUUGGUUGAAAAGGUAAUGGGGCUACUUGAGAAUGUCGUUUCCUCAUCAGAGAAUGCACUUUGUAAAAUUGCUAGCACACAUGAUGUCAUUUGUGCAAUGGUUGAAACUAUGGAGGAUGGUUCUCCACAAUGCAAAGAGCACGCAGUGGGAAUCCUCUUGCUUUUAUGCCAAAGCAAUAAAGAAAGAUAUAGAGGUUUGAUUUUAAGGGAAGGAGUGAUGCCAGGGCUACUUCAGAUGAGUGUACAUGGGACAUGGAGGGCUAAAGAUAUGGCUAGAGAAUUGUUGUUGCUUCUAAGCGAUUGCUCAAGUUAUAGUUUAAGAAAUGAACCAAAGGUUCAGCUGAUCGAGGCAAUCAUGCAAGAAAUUGAUACAAGAGAGAACAUGGAUAUGACAACACCAAUAGAGAUGAUGGAAAAGUGGAACAAUGGAAAAUAUAAGAAGAAAAGAAAAGUUGGAGUUUGGAAAAGAUUUUUGUUAAGAUUUUUAAUAUCCUUCUAGUGUAUUUAGUAAGAUGGAUAGAAAAGUAUAAUGAUAAAAAUGAAUAUACAUUUAUUUUGUUUGGUUGAAAGAAAGAUUUUUGCUACAGUUUUUGUUA